AUGGCGGCGCCCUCCGAAGUGCGUGCCAGCCACCUGCUGGUAAAGCACAAGAACAGCCGGCGGCCCAGCAGCUGGAAGGAGCCGGUCGUGACGCGCAGCGAGGAGGAGGCGCUGGCCAUGGUGAAGCGGUUCCGGGAGCAGAUCGCCGCGGCACCCGACCUGGCCGCUGCCUUUGCGGCCCUGGCCACCACGGAGAGCCACUGCGGAUCGGCACGCAGCGGCGGGGACUUGGGCUGGUUCGGGCGCGGACAGAUGCAGAAGGCUUUUGAGGAUGCGGCAUUUGCGCUGCAGGUUGGAGAGCUCAGCCAGCCAAUGUUCAGCGACUCGGGCUGCCACAUCAUCCUGCGCACCGGAUGA